GGUUGGGAGGGAAGAGAGAGAAAGAGACACACACAGAGAGAGUUGAGUCGUGUCCCAUAUGUGGAAAAAAAGCAUAGUACUGCACACACAAGCCUGUCUGCUCCAGGGAUUAUCUAACUGCUUUUGAAUCUGACGUGGAAAAUGCAGGCAUGAGUAGGAACACAUUUGUUUGAGUCCCAAUGUGAGUGCAGGCCAGCGAUGGACUACAGCCGUACAGACGCUAACCUGGGUUUGACCGCAGAACUGUUACCGUAAUCGAGACCAGAUCCACAGAAUGCUGAGUCCCAUUGUUCCCUAUAGCCUAUUGAAGAUGCACUGGAACCCGGAGCAUGCACAGCCCCUGAGCCAGUGGCCUGAGCAGCAUUUGGACGUGUCCUCCACCACCUCAUCCCCGGCCCACAAGCCUGAGCUCUACCCCAGCCGCAGCCGUAGCUCCUACAGCUAUGCCUGGGCAAAUGAUGACAUCUCAGCCCUUACUGCCUCCAACCUGUUGAAGCGAUACGCUGAGAAAUACUCUGGCAUGCUAGACUCACCGUACGAACGCCCUGCUGUGGGCACAUACCCUGAGCCUGGAGCCUUUGGGGCUCUUAACGGAGGCCAAAAAAGUGAACUGGAGCCUUGGCCUCUCACGCACAGCACUGACGGGGGAUAUCCCUUGGUGCCUCCUUCCUCUCAUGAUGGUCUUUCGGGACAAAAGGUGGUUCCCACAUCAGCAGGCCAACCAGGCUCGGGCAACGUGUCAGCAGUUAACAUAAACCUUUCGGACUCAGGAUACAGUGGGAGCAGCUCCUGCAGUGGGCCCCAUUCCAGUGACUACCCGCCCAGUUACAAUGGCACCUACCUCUCAUCAGGGUACUGUCCCCAACCCAGUUCAGCACUUCCACCAGCCUCAUUACAUGCCCUUCAGCCUAGCCCUACACUACUACCCAGUUACACACCUUCCACCCCUGUAUACAACUACCCCCCUAGCACCUACUCUCACCAGACUAGCCUUGCUCCUAGCUACAUCCAUCCAACAGCCACUUACAUGCCCACGGGCAUAGCCGCCCCCUCUCCACUUCCAUCAAGACCCACAGUGGUUGGUGGCAAUUAUGUAUAUCAGAACAGUAGUUUAGGGGGAUCAGAGACUGGGGGCUCUCUGAAGAGAAAAGCAUUUGAGAUGACCCUGGAUGAGGAAGAUGGAGACAGUUCACGCUAUAGGAAAUAUAGCUAUGACCCCAUAAAAACUGGGGGAGAUUCUCCAUAUGGGGUCAGUGAAAAAGCUGAGUGCCGUGGAAAUGGCUUUGGAAUGGGCAACACAGAUCCUCAAGCAUUUAAGCCUAGUAAACCUUCAUCUCAGUCAAGCCUGGAAGGAGAGGAAGUGGGGAAGUACAGUGGGAUAAAGCCAUUGGUUUCACCAGCGUAUGGAGCCGCAGGGGAUUACAGUCCACCAGCAGCCAUGACUGGGGAGAAUGGAGGGGCGGAGCAAGACUUCUCCCAGCAUCAUUCUCAGAAGCGCUCCGAUCCAGUGAAAAGCAUGGAGCCCCGAAUGCUGGAGCUAGUAAGCCAGGAACUUCAAGAUUGCAGCCCAGCUUUGCUUUGGAGUGAACUAGCUGGCAACUGUCACAUCAAAGCAGCACUGGAGGAGGACGUGCUGUGGCCUGUCCUGCGACCCAACCCUGCCAUCCGCCCACCCAGAACUGUCCUGCUGUUUGGCCCUCAAGGAGGGGGCAAAGCAACACUGGUAAGAUCCAUGGCAUCUCAACUGGGUGCUAGCUUCUAUAGGCUGAGUUGCACAACUUUGGCCUCUAAACUGAAAGGAGAAGCAGAGCAACUUCUUGUCACUCUGUUCUCGGUAGCAUCAGCCCGACAACCAGCUGUGGUUUUGCUCAGCGAGGUAGAGGCCGUUGAGGAGGAAGGUCUCAGACAGCAACUGCAGGCCCAGCUAGAGAAGAUUCAACAUGGUCAGAGCAGCUUGGUUCUGGUUGUGUGCACCACAAGACGGCCUGAUUUGAUCAAAGAUUCCCUCUUGCGCUGCUUCUCCAAGCGUUACCACAUAGGCCUGCCAGAUGGAAGCACACGCAGACAUGUGCUUCUGCAGGCGCUGGCGCCCCAAGGCUUCACUCUGGGUGAAAGGGAGAUGUCAGCAGUACUGCAGCGUUCAGAAGGCUUCUCUGUCUGGGAGCUGCUGCAACUCUGCCAGCAGGCCCUGGCGUCAUCUGCUGCCUCUGCACCCGUGCCCUUGCAUGGUCUCUCUUCAUCCCUUUCUUCCCCUACCCUCCAAGACUUUGAAAAUGCUUUCUGUAAGGUACGCCCUCACAGCACCCCCAAAGAACUGGACACUUGUAUGGAGUGGAGCAAGGUUUAUAGCCACUGAGAACCUAGUCAACCACUGGUUGGAGACUGCUAAAUGCUUUUCUUUCUUUCUUUUUUUCUUUCUUUUUUUUUUAACUACUUGCAGCCAAAAGAGUGGGACUUGAAAUUACAGUCUAUGGUGGGGUGGCAUUUUGGAUUUAAUGUGUUUAAUCUAGGGAAUAUGCCCAGGGUGUGUUGUUUUUCUAUAAAUAUACAUAUACUUUAUUUUUUUCCCAAAGAAAUUAAAUACUAGGCCUUUCUUGAAGGGGCAUUUAGUAGUUGCUUGGCAUAUCUGAUAGAAAGACUGAAUUAUAUUUUGGAGUUCCACUGGGAUUCCAAUUAGCCUUGAUCCUGGACUAAACCUGGAGGCUUUUCCCCCAUUAAAAACAUCUCUCAGGAUCCUAUUUAUUGCCAGUCCACUCCAGUGGUGUUGUUUUAUUUGCGUUGAUUUGUUUUAAGAUCAUUUGGUGUUAAAGGGCUUAGGAUAUAUCAAAACGACUUUGUUUGUACCAAAAAUGCUCACCAACAUUAUAAUGUCCAAGUCGCAGCAUUCACCAAAAUGUAUUUACUGUUAUGCAACUCUUAGGGAAGAAAGCAACAGUAUUUUACAAAAUUGAUUGUUAGGCCACGUUCAUAUCUUGUGCACUUUGUCAAAAUGGUCAUUUUACCAAAAGCGUAUGCAUUGCUACCCAAAAAGUAUUAAAAUGCUAAUCCAUAGAAAGUCAGAUAAAAGAAAGGCUUCUUUCAGAACACUUUGUUAAAGGUAAUAAAAAAUGUACCAAAUACAACAAUAUAUAAACAGCCCAUCACAUUCCUCACAAUCUCGUGAGAGCCUUUGCUUAGGACCCUCAAACACAAAAACAAGGGUCCAUGAAUGACUAUUUUCUCUCUUCUGCUUUACUAAGUUUAUUUUAUUAGAAUAUGUAGUCAUGUUUGAAAUACUCAGGAAGAAUCUCUUUACCUCAGAAAUUAUAAAUAAAGAAUGUAUGUAAUCUUAGGGUCUUAGUAGUAGCAUUGAGGUUGGAGGUGAGCAACAGACCUGACACAGACCUGAAUACACACUGCAUCUGUGCUGUUACCUCCUAGGUGAAACUUGAAAUGCUACAAAGACAAACAAUGAAUGUAAUUCAGGUAUUUCAGAGAAAACCUGAUGCCAUAAAUCCAUGUUUUUAACUCUUUAUGAAAAAUUUCCCCUUAUCCUUACCCUUUAUUUUUUAUGUAGAUUUUUGAUGGAGUGAUGAUUGUCUUCAUGAAGUGUUAUUGUAGAUGGCAAACAAGACGUUUGAUUUUGUUGGACAAACUGUUUUCAGAAACCAAGGUAUAAAGCAUAUGACAGUGUCCUUUUAAAACAACCAAUGUAAGUACUUGAGGAAAAAAAAGGAAACAACCCAAAGAUCAGUAUAUAUAUAUUUGGCAGCUAAUCAUGUCUAAUUAUAAAUGUGUUAUACCAUCAUGUAUAAUAUAUGAAAAGGAACACGCUCAACAUGUAGACAAUCCAGAGGGAGCAGCCUGUACCAAUGUCUAAAAUUUUCAGAUUUUUUGUUUAUAAGGUACAUAAAAGUUGCAUGGAGUGAUCAGGUGUCUUCAAAUCAUCACUGCUGAAGAAAAUGAGAUUGAGUUUAUUUAUAUUGUCUGUAGACUGGCUUUUGUGGAUUUUAAAAUUUUGAUCAACUGUGAUGUAACAGCCGCUGAUCACUCCUUAGCCCCAGCACACCCCAUGCUCUUAGCACAAUGGUUUGUCCCCUUGAUUGCUGGCCCUGUACAGCCAUGUGGUGAGCUGAUUUCCCAUCCCCCGUUCCUCUAUCUUACACACGGUCUUUUGGAGAAGCCAUAUUCUGACUGAUGUCUAGUAACCCUAUAGCACUGUUGGGUUCUUCAAGUAAAGCUGGUGGCUUCACUCAUGCCACACAGGUCAAUCAGAAUGACCCUAGGAGCACAUAUUGAUCAUUGUCGAAGAGAUAAAACCUGCAGAACCUGGCAGACUCAGGGACAUCCAAUGUAUACAAAUCUUGUGUAGAAAAAUACAGCACCCGUUUCCAUAAAUUCAAACCAUUUUCAUUCAGAAAUCAUAGGCAAAUACAGAGACUUGGCUGAUUUCAAAACAGGAACACAAAGAUACAGUUUGUCCAACAAAAUUGUCAUUAAUUAGCUGUUUUGAUCUAUUAGUACAGUAAAUUUGUUCUUGGAUCUUGUUCUUGUACAUUUUCUGUAACCAUUUCUACCUCAUUUUUGCAGCAUAUUGUACAUGAAAAUAUUCAUUUCAUGUCUUUUUUUGAUGUCUGUUAUAAAAAUGAUAAUGUUCUUGAACUGUAAUGGUCUACCUCAGAAAAGACUGUAUUUAAAAAAAAAAAGUAUUACACAAUAUUAAAGAGAAUAUGUCAAAAAUC